AUGACUCCUUCAUAUAACAAGGUUUUGAUUUUGAAACCCAAGGUGUAUAUCCCUGUCGCGGAGCUAUUAAGCAACGGAGGAAUUUGCACGAAAGUUUACGCCUCUGUAUCGGCUCUAGUAGAUGCAAAAGGGCGACAGCGUUGGGAGCUUCUGGACGAGUCGGGGAACUACGAGCGAUGGUCGUACCGAGUGGUGACCUACGAGACGAUGGUCGGCAGCGCCCUGUUCGGCCUCAACGAGAACCACGGCGAGGUGCUGGUGGAGCCCGUCAAGGCGCCCGACCACUACUACCUGCAGGAAGUCUACACCACUUACAGUCUACACGGUUACCUUGUGGUGAGGAACCACGGCAAGAUGCACUUCCGGCGGGAGGUCCGUCACGGGGUGCGGGGGACGUCGUUCCAGCAGGAGGCCUUCAGUGACUGCCCGCUCCUCCUGGCGCCCAUCUGCUACUACGACAUCGACGACAACCGUCGCAAUUUCCUCGCUAACCUGGCCAGCGCCUUCGCUAAGUGAAGGUGAGACUGAGGAAGUGGAGGAGGAGAUGGAG